AGCGGGUCGCCAAGUGAAGCACUUGCUUGUUGUAAGUUAGCGCCGCGGAACCCCCCAAACGCCCCCGCCCCCGCCCUGAGCGUCCAUCUUCACUGCCUGGGCUAUCUCAUCAGGUCUUUGAAUUCAUAAUGUAUCCAUCCGAGGCCUCCCACCCCUGGGACCAAAGUAGAUAUUCAUCCUACACCGUGUCCUCUAUGGUUGUCCAGGGACAUCGCCAAGGUUUCUAGGCAACCACACGCAUUUGACCCCAGCAUGCCUCCAGACUAUUAUGAAAACCAAGUCAAAUCCCGCACACAAAAAUGAGGCUCUCUCUAUGCCUCGCCACCCUAGCCGCCCUCGUAAACGCAGGCCUCUACAUACCCACCACCCUCCAAUCCGUCUUCGACCUCAAAGACCUCUGGAACGGACAGCCAAAGAUCCCCCAAGUCAUCCUCGACACAAACCACGCCUGGCUCGCCGCCAACAAGAAAUGGCUCGACCGCUAUCCAGAUGUGCGCACCGCUAUCUGCGCCAACGACUCCGACCUCUGGACCAAACCCACCACGCCGGAGCGCGCGCCACCGCCAGAUCUCCUAGCUAACUUGACCAUCGACAACAACAAAUACGGCGUCAAUCGCUUCGGGUGGAAAAACGCCGUCGAUCGAUUGACCGAGUUGAAAAGCUGCUCCGCAGCCCUAGAAGCAGUGGAAAGCCUCCACGUCGAGAUCUACGUGCACGACUCCAAGUACGACACCUGGAAGGAAAGCACCUUUCCCCCGGCCACGCUGUAUCCCCUCUUCACAGACGUGCUCGCUAGCAUGCCGCAUCUGGGGAAGUUGCAUUGGCAGGUAAGGCAAGAGUCAAGCCCCGGGUUCGCCGCCGCGUUCGCAAGGGCAAACGUCACACUCCCCAGCGUUCUGCAGCUGGUCGUCGGCGGAGACGACGCAUGGCUCGUCCGCCGGUGUCCGCGGCUAGAGCACCUCACCCUGGAGCACGACGCCAGCCAUGCAGCGCUGGUCUACGCCACCGAGGGACUGCCGCUGCAGAGUGUUAGCAUGGCGACUCUGGGAUGGCCGCGAGUCACGUGGAUGGAGCUCCUGGGAGCGCUGCUGGAAGCUCAACCUCGUAUCCCGCGUCUGGAGAUGGAUGGGGAACUAUACGAUGGCGCGAAGUGGAAGGAUGACCCGGAGAGGUUCAUACAGCAUCUCGAGCUCCUCGCCCGCUUCGAGAAUCUCACCAGCCUGACGCUGCCGCCCGCGUGGCAGCUGGGCCUUGGCUUCGAUGGCGGCCAUUGGUGCGGGAAUGCGUAUUGGGGGGCUGACGGCCGGGCGUAUGGGAGGCAGGUUACCCGUGAUAGCGUUGCGGCGGUGGAGAGGGCAGCGGAUAUGACGGUGAAGAUGCUGCCGCGGUUGAGGCAGCUUGGCGUUGGGGGGAUGCGGGGGAAUGUCACGGUCGAUGGGGAGGGUGCCGUGGAGGUGGUGUGGCCGUGGACCGGGCGUUUGGACGAGUACACGUACGAGGUGUGGCCGGAGGUGGAGAAUGACUUUGGGUAUGAGGAAUGGUGAUGCAAUGCCCAAUUAUUGGAGAAGUCAACGGAAAGGAAUCAUGUGUAUUGUCAAAUAGGGGGAUACGCCUGCCCUGCUGGCACACAUCUCUCGAACCACAAUUGCACCAAGCUCAGUCGUCAAACACAUCCAAC